UAAUGGAAGUUGAAAGCGUUGAAUUGCUCAGUGCAGUUGAUGAUGAUUAUGGAGGAGUUGUUCUAAGCGUGAAACAGCCUAUGGAUUCCACGCUCUUUUCUUCGAAAUUGGAAGCUUAUAUGUCGAAUUGGAGACAACAGGGAAAGAAAGGGGUCUGGAUCAAGUUGCCAAUACAACAUUCAAAUCUUGUUGAUUCGGCAGUGCAGGCUGGGUUUAAGUAUCACCAUGCUGAGCCAGAUUACUUGAUGCUUGUAUGUUGGUUGCCCGAUACUCCUGAUACUUUCCCUGCAAAUGCUUCACAUCGCGUGGGUGUUGGUGCUUUUGUUGUCAACAACAAGAAGGAGGUGCUUGUGGUUCAGGAAACCAGUGGCAAAUUCGGAGGCACAGGUGUAUGGAAGAUGCCUACGGGAGUUGUUAACGAAGGUGAGGAUAUUUGUGAUGCUGCAAUUAGAGAAGUCAAAGAAGAGACAGGGAUAGAGACAAAGUUUGUUGAAGUUUUAUCAUUCAGGCAAAGCCAUAAAUCGUUCUUCGAGAAAUCAGAUUUGUUCUUUGUUUGCAUGCUGCAACCUCAAUCAUUUGAUAUUAAGAGUCAGGCUUCAGAAAUUGAGGCAGCUCAGUGGAUGCCUGUCAAAGAUUAUGCAGCCCAGGCUUUUAUGCAUAAAAACGAGCUCUUCGACUUUGUUGCGAAAAUAUGCAUUUCACAAUUGGAUGGCAACUACACUGGAUUUUCUAACUUAAUUACUUGUACAUCUUCCGGCAAAAAAUCCUAUUUGUAUUUUAAUAACCGGGAUUCCAGCCACUUGUUUGCUUCUAAGCAUGAGCAAGCUUGACACUGCUUUCAAGUAACUAUGACAUAUACUUGUAAUGUUUGUUAGUUAGAACUACUCAAUUCCAGGCGCACCCGGAACCUGAAUUUUACGUCUUCCAUACGUAUAUAAUAUGGUGCCAGUUUACCUUUUUGUUCAUGUUCUAAUGUCGUGUCAUCCUUUCUUGUGGAGAGGAUUGCUGAUUUACUGGUUCACUUCUUAG